CUGUGCUCCCGUGGCUGACUCACUGCUGGCCUCAGGUGGUCAAUCAGAGGUUCAGGCCGUGAUUCAGCAGCCCCAUACAGGUGGUCUUAGCCUCUAGCAUAGCCAAUGCUUAGAGUCUGGCCCAUGGCAGAAAAAUGUCUGUGAAAGUGUAAGAACCUUGACAAGACAAGAUGCUGCUGAAAUGUCCUGAGUAUAUUUUUGACGCUUGUACAAAUAAUUGUUCAAGUAUUUAUAUAAUGCAACUUCUGAAUGAAGGAUGUGGUCAGUUUUUCUCAGUAAAGCUUGCUGAGUGCUGACAGUCACUUAGCCUAUCAAAAGAGCAGACCCUUGGAGCACUAUCUUCCCCAGUCUGUCAUCCUUCCUGUGGAGCCAGUCAGCUUUAUUUUGGUGUAGACAGUGAAAUGACAAGAGCUGUACGCUACCUCUAACAGUCAAGAGAGGAUGGAAGCUCAUGGAAGACUUUCUCCUUGGCUCAAUUACCAACACCAGCAGGAUCACUAGAGAACAGUUUCUUUCAGCUGAUGUCCCACUGCUAAUUAGGAGUAGAUCUGUGUCACUGCUUGAAGAGAAACGUCAGGGACAACACACUGAGAAGUGCUAGGAUCACCACUCUGCAAAUAUAGCCUUCAUGAUAAAAUGGGAAACCAAAGACCAUAGAGCUCAGGGACUGCACUACAAUUUGGUAGCAUCAGCUUCCAGGUUUAAGUGCAUUUUGAAUUACUACUUUUCACUUGAGACUUUGUGUUGUUUCUGUUGGAAUGGUGUCCUCUUUUACCUCUUUGUUUGGUCUGCUUGGUUCUAUUAGCUUGUUCCAAAGGGCCAGAGGAUAAAGCAGGGCACUUGGGUGCACAGGAUUCCUCAAAGGGUGCGUAUGAAUGCAUUAGCUGACUGUUAACUGGGCACGUGCUAACAGCUGUGCUUUUUUUCUUUCAUAUUACCGAGAGCCAAGGGCUCCAAAUUGAGGAAACAUGGAGGAAGCCCUUCUCAUCCACUUACAGUAGUGAGAGGCAGUCUUCACCCUGCAGAUAUUUUGUCUGUAGAAUAAGGAAGCAUCCAGGCGGUGUAGUUUGCUGCCAUACUUGAAUGCAGUGCACUGUUUGGCUACUUGUUACCCAGAGUGUGUGCACAGAAUUGGAGUUAUUGCUACUGUCAGCAUCUCUGCCAGCAAAAGCAUUUUUUGUGAGCCAGGCCAGCUCCUGCUUCUUGGAAGACUUGCCAAAUGAAGACUCUGCUUCUGGUGGCAUGCAGCAGACUUGCAGUAAGGCCUCUUGUGGGAGGUGUCCCUGGGAUGAGCCCGACCUUAUCUUGUGAGCCAGCUGUAAGGGGAUGAUCCGGGAGCUCAUCUAUGCAGCUACAAAAACUCCUGCACUGCCUUAAGACCUUUCUGUUGUAUUUACUGUAAAGGCAGAAAGCAAGGAAGGAUUGAUCUACUUCGAUCUCUAUAGUCUUACAGAUCGUGGUGUCUACUUGCCUGACCUCCACCUCACUGGGGGAGUGUUUGCAGAUGAAGAUGAACAGUGGGAUUCUCUUCUUGUCCCUCCUUGGCUUCCUCCCAGUCGUGAUACCUACGUGUCCUCCACCAUGCAAGUGUGCCACCAGCAUUAUUGACUGUAUGUCAAAAGGCCUAACGGUAACAAAACUGCCAGUGGCUUUCCGGCCGUCAGCUGAAAUUAUCAACCUCAGUUACAACAGGCUCACCUCUAUUCCCAGCGGGCUCUUUGAUAAUCUGAAGAGCCUCCAAACAGUGCACUUGCAGGGCAACCCUUGGGAAUGCAAUUGUGACAUCCUCUACUUGCGCUCCUGGCUGCAGUGGCAGCAGAACCGGACCUUUUACAGGGAUGUGAGAUGUGCCUCCCCAGCUCACCUUCAGGGCCGGGUCAUCGCUUAUCUGGCAGAAGAUGAGAUCAUCUCCACAUGCCAGUACUGGUACUGCACCCUGGCUCUCUUCUCUCAACUCGUUCUCAUCAUCUUCCUUUUACUCCAGGCUAUCUUGGUCAUAUUCAUCAUUAUCUACCUGCAGAGAUUUCGGAGAACGGCUGCUGAAGCCCGGAGCACCACUCGGGAUCUAUAUCAGCAUGCAGAUACCUGGUCCCUACAGGAGCAAUAAGAGUUGUAAGAGUGAGGGUCCCCCGCGAGCCGGGUGUUGCUGUGCCGAAGUCGUGUGGUGUACGAGACCCAGAGGGGACUAUUUAGUGCAGCGUCUGACCCUGACUGCAGCCUGCAGCAGGACCUGGAGCUGAUCAGACUUGUUCUGUGUCCAGGGAGCAGAUCUUAUGCUUCUUAAUGCUUUGAACACUUCAGCACAGUCUUCAUUGCUUCACUUUUGCUGAAUUGCUGAAAGCAGUUCUGUUUUUUUCAGCCUAAGGAAACCAUAAACUGCAACAAGCAGAAUGACCGCGGCAGCGCUGGAGCUGCAGUGCUCCAUCCCUCCGUGCUGGGCUACUUCAGCCUUACUGUCCCUGCGCUCGUGGCUUUGUGUGAGGCCGGGGCAGAGGUGAGCAGUGAGCGGGAUGAUGGAGGAACGCAUCCCGCGGUGCAGGACCGCCUCGCUAGCCCUGGCUGAGCGACAGCGGGUUUCCGCUGCCUCAGUCCUCCGUCAGCAGAGCAGAACAGAACGAGCGUUUCUUCCUGCCUGCGUAUUUUGUAACCUUCUCCUAGGGCAACGUUUUUAGCCUCCUGUUGGUUUUAGUACUGACUUCAACGCGCCCCGCGUUCCUACGGAGCUCCCGGCGCCGAGCAGAGCGGGCUUGGAGCCUCCGCUGCGCUGCCCGUGCACCUGCCCGCCGCUGCUUACCGGCCUCCGAUUCGUUUUUGUAGCGAAGCAAAAUGGGAAUAAAAUAAAGGUGAAUUAUGCUGUAA